AUGGGUGCUUGGAAGAUGAACAAGAUGAUUGUCUCACACACAAAUGAGAAGUUGAAGAAUCACUAUAAGUCUUGGUUGAAGACACCAAGUUUUAUUAGGCUUGGUAGUGUGGCCAAUAGUAAUUCAUUGGUAGUAAGUAGUUCUCCGCGGUUCAAUGUUUAUGAAUGUGAUUUUGGAUGGGGAAAACCUUUGACAGUUCGAAGUGGGGAUUCAAAUAAAAGAAAUGGAGAAAUUACUGUGUUCCCUGGUUCAGAAGAAGGUAGUAUCGACUUUGAAGUUUGUCUUCCUUAUGAGAUUUUGGAAGCAAUGGAAAAUGAUCCUGAGUUUAUGGGUGUCGUGUCCAACUAA